UUUCACUCUGUGAACAGACAAAUGCUGAACAGGACUCUGUGAUGUGGAUUUUGAUUCUUCUGAUAAGUUUCCUACCCGUGUGAACUGCAGAAUCGCUGAAAGUGAGACUGAUUCCAUGGGUUCAGAGUCAAUUCAGAGCUGAAGUGUUCCACAUCGGUUCAGGAGUCUGAUGGUUGAAGGGCAUUUUUCUCUGAGGACAGAGGUCCUGGCUGCAUCUCCGUGAAUAAAAUUCUGUGGACAUAGAUUCUUCUGAUUAGUUUCCUACCUGGUCCUGGCUGGGUCUCCGUGAAUAAAAUGAUGUGGACCUCAUUCCUUCUGAUUGGUUUCCUACCUGUUUCAGGUGCAUUGUGGGCAGAGAAAUAUGUAAGAGGAGUUGUGGGAAGAGCGAUCACAAUCGAUUGUUACUAUGACGCCAUGUACAGCUCAGACACAAAGUAUUGGUGCCAAGGAUGGACUCCACUAUGUUCAGUUUUAGUGGAAACAAAUGGCCAACAUGUACAGAAUGGACGAAUGUCAAUCACAGAUAACCCGGAAUGGGGAAUAUUUACUGUUACUAUAGAGGAUCUUCGCUCUGGAGAUACAGGAUGGUACAGCUGUGGAAUUUCAGAAUCAGGUUUUGAUACAAGAUUUAAUUUACAUCUACAAGUAUCUGAAGAACCUGUGUCUUUUCCUGUGGUUCGAUAUCUGUCACUGGCAAAUGUCUCAUGUCUCGGGGGCUCUGUGUCACUUUCCUGUGAGUCCUUCCAGGGAUCCCUUCCCAUUCAGUACACAUGGUAUGAACAAACCUCAUCUGGGCAUCAAAAGAUCUCAGAUACUAAUGAACUGGCUCUGCGUUGUCAAUCCCUCAUCCACCAGCACCAUCAAUAUUACUGCAGUGCCUCGAAUCAGCUUGGAGCAAGAUCCAGUGGAAUAGUUAAAGUGAUGGUCUUCAACAACAGAGAGAUCUGCAGUUAUGUGACAGAAAUCAAUGGCACCAGGCCAGUUCCUUUCUGUGAAAAUACUGCACAAAGGAAGAAAACUACUUCACCUCAAAUAAGAGCUUUUACCACAGUUUCGCGUGCUUUAUGGGCAGAUGAUAAAGUAAGAGGAGUUGUGGGAAGAGCGAUCACAAUCAAUUGUCACUAUGCACCAAUGUACCGUUCACACACAAAGUAUUUCUGCCGCAUAAGGAGUCACCAGUGCACAUCGUUAGUGAAUACAAAUGGGCAAACUGAACAGCCUGGAAGAAUGACAAUCAGAGAUAACACAUCCCAAGGAAUAUUUACUGUUACUAUGGAGAAUCUUGUCCCUCAAGAUACAGGAGUUUACAGAUGUGGAAUUGCAACAUCUGGCAAGACUCUGGAGUUUGAUGUGCAGCUACAAGUAUCUGACGAACCGGUGUCUGUUCCUGUGCUUCGAUAUCUCCCUACUGCAAAUAUCAUGCGUGUUGGGGGCUCUGUGACAAUGUCCUGUGAGUCUGUCCAGGGAUCCCUUCCCAUUCAAUACACAUGGCAUGAAAACAUCUCAUCCGUGGAUUCAAAGAUCUCUGAAAACAGUAAACUGGAUCUACGUUGUCAAUCCUUCGAACACCAGCACCAUCAAUAUUACUGCACAGCCUCGAAUACUCGUGGAGCAAAGUCUAGUGAAAUAGUGAAUGUGUCCACCUACACCAGAGGAGGCAAUUGCAGUCUUGUGAUUCGAUUCAGUGGCACUGGACGUGAACAUUCAUGUGAAACAUUUACAACAGUAUCAACUGCAAGUUCCAUGAUAUGGAAGGUUGGUCGUUGGCUGCUCUUCGCUCUCCUGAUGAUCAGCACUAUUUCAGUCACAUGGUUCACAAGGAAAACUAAGAGACCAGAAAGAUUGGAUCCUCCUAGAUUGGUCUAUAAGGUAAAGUGAAGGCUUCUGGAUCACACAGAUUGUGCUGGAAUUUUGUACCAAGAUCAAAAUAUUCAGAAUUAGUGCAAAUUUAACAUCUGUAGAGAAUUAACCUCUCAUCAUUCAUUAUCAACUUCAUGAUGGUGAAAAAAUAAUGUUACCUUUGACUUUUUCUUGCAUUCCAUUUCCAAUAUGUCACCCUCAUUGAUAUCAAUUGUAUGGCACAUUUUCACAAUGUUUUCUUUUCAUUGCACAAGCAACAAUUUUUAACCCUAUCAGGGCUGUGAACUGCAUAAGACCAUUUUA